ACACACUGAAUGGUGAAUUCAUUAUUUUUUUUGUCCCGUUUUCCGUGUGUUUUGCCGAUAUUCUGUUCUGCCUCCCUGGUAUUUACUACAUAAUAAUUGUUCAAUAAACCUCGACACAACUUACUCUGACGCAUAGUAUCAAUUUCGAUUUGUUUUCCAACUCAAGUCGUCCAGACCCGGCACCACACGUGCGAUGGACUGAUCGGUGUUUGGCGAUUUUGUUUUUUUAUUUCAUAUGCAAGAAGCGGUGCGCCAUCAAGCAAACGACACACCACCUCGAGAACUGCCUACAGACGAUAGUUUGGCGCGUGUUUGGAUUUGGACGUCUACGACCACUCGCAGACUUUCGCCAUGAUAACGACCGAGGUCUCGAAGACCGCCAUCAGCGCGGCCGCGGCCGGCAUCGCGGGCCUGUGCUUCGUCGGCUACUGCAUCUACUUCGACCGGAAGCGCCGCAGCGACCCGCACUUCAAGUCGAACUUGCGCAAAAAGCGGCUGUUGGCCAAGGAACACGAGCUGGCCGCGCGGGCCGCCAAGUCGGCGUUCCCAGACUUCACCGACCAGCAGGCCGUGCAGCGGUUCUUCCUGCAGGAGGUUCAGAUGGGCGAGUCGUACUUGGAACAAGGUGACGCGGCCCGGGGAGUCGAGCACCUGGCCAACGCGGUUGUGGUGUGCGGCCAGCCCACCGAGCUGCUCAACGUUUUGCAGCGCACGCUGCCCGACCCCGUGUUCGAUAUGCUCAUCAAGAAGCUGCCGGAGCUGGGCAAGAACCUGAUGCGCCGCCAGCCACCGCCGCCACAGCAGCAGCCGCCGUCGUCGUCAUUCGGCGGCCCGGUCAUCAGCGAGCUGGACGUGUCCGACGUCGAAUAGUGUUUUUUUGUCGAUUAUUAAUAAGUCGUUUCGUCGUUACGAUGGUAAUAUUAUAAUAUUAUUAUGUUGUAAUGCGCGUGUGCAGUGUACAAUAUCGUAUAGAGACGCCCUCGCCCUGCCAAGGGGGAGCCACGCACUGCCUCCCUACACCAUCACGACACCACCCUGCUCGUUUUCGUGUAAUAUUGUAAUUUGAUUAUUUUUUUUUUCAAUAAUAAAUUUCAUAGAUGCAAAAAAUAUAGACUGUCGCUGUAGAAAGGCGAUUUUAUUUAUAUACGACGACGACGACGACGACUGUGCAGCCUGCGGUAUUUUAAUACUCGAUAAAUAAAAAUAGUAAUAAUAAUAAUUUAAGUAUUUUUAGCCCUACAACAACAAUCGGUCGUUUGUCGCGAGUAGUUUCGCCGCUGACAGAUUAUACACCGUAUACAUUAAGUUCGGGGGCGGUAGUGGGGUUCAAGCACUAUUUUAGGGUGACAGUUUUCGAGUAAUCGUAUUUUUUAUUUUUCAUAUCGUACAAAUUAAAAUAAUGUAUAAAAUCGAACGUCGCCUACUGUCACUGAAAUUAUUAUCAUUCUGUACAGGUAUGCGAUGUUCCGUUACAAACAUUAUAUUAAAUAAAAAUAUU